UUAAUUUUUCCACUAUAGAUUAGUCCCACAUAUUUCCUCCAAAAUAUUUUUAAAGAAAAUAAAAAAUAAUAUUAAAUCCCUUUUCACUUUCGGCCACCAUCGUGGCUCCGUCGCGGACACCGAAAAAGGGAUCAAAACUCAUCCCCCCUCCAUCCCCAGCUCAAAUUCCAAAUACGAAUUAAAGUUUUUUCCAUUUCAUUUAUUAUUACUUUUAUUUUCUUAGCACUCAAAUUCAACCUAAAUCAAUUCAUUCGCUUACCCAAUUCCCAGCACAUCCAAUGUGAUAAAAGGUUGUUUGGCAAUCAUGGAUUUGCGGAAGUGCAAACCUUUGGGUGGUGUAUCUUCCCAGACUGUUGCACCUUUGAGUGUUUCGAGCCAGAUGAAUGAGAUGGCCCGAUCCCUCAAGGAUGUGGGAGGUGUCAGCCAUGCUAUUCGGACUGAUAUAGAUAUAGACCUGCGGGAAGUUUACUUUUUGAUUAUGCACUUUUUGUCUGCUGGGCCAUGCCAGAAGACUUUGCUGCAGUUCUGGAAUGAACUCCAAGAGCAUCAGCUUCUACCAAGAAGAUAUCAUGCUUGGUAUUCAAGAAGUGGUUUACCUGGUGAGGAUGCUGCUGAAGAUGACGAUGGCAUCUCUUUUCCUUUGAGUUACAAUAAUUUGCUGGAAAGGUAUCCUCACAUAGCUAAGGAUCACUUGGUAAAGCUUCUGAAACAAUUAAUGCUGAAUAUGGCUCAUCCUUUGCAUGGAAAAGUUGGAGGAAGUAGUCCUAAUGCAGCUGAUGUUCCUACUCUACUUGGAUAUGGUUCAUUUUCACUUUUGGAUGUUGACAGAGAAACAACAGACAGGCAAAUUAAGCCCCCUCCAGUUUACUUGCGUUGGCCACACAUGGAGGCUAAUCAGGUUCAGGGGUUGAGCUUGAGGGAAAUAGGUGGUGGUUUUGCAAAACACCAUCGUGCUCCAUCUAUUCGCUCUGUAUGUUAUGCUAUUGCCAAACCAUCAACUUUGGUGCAAAAGAUGCAAAAUAUUAAAAAGUUAAGGGGGCACCGUGUUGCUGUCUAUUGUGCUAUAUUUGAUCGAUCAGGUAGAUAUGUUAUCAGUGGUUCAGAUGAUCGUCUUGUCAAGAUUUGGUCUAUGGAAACUGCAUUUUGUUUAGCUAGUUGCCGUGGACAUGAAGGUGAUAUCACUGACUUGGCUGUAAGCUCAAACAAUGCUUUGGUAGCAUCUGCAUCAAAUGAUUUUGUGAUUCGAGUUUGGCACUUACCGAAUGGGAUGCCGAUAUCAGUUUUACGGGGACAUACUGGGGCUGUUAAUACUAUUGCAUUUAGUCCCAGACCCAAUGCAUAUGAGCUGCUAUCGGCAUCAGAUGAUGGGACUUGUAGAAUAUGGGACGCAAGGCACUCGCAAAAGAAACCACGAAUAUACCUGCCACGACCAUCGGAUGCUGUAACUGGGAGGAGCAGUGGCGCACCAGCUAAUGUACCAUCCUCAAGUAAUGGACAACAAAGCCAUCAGAUACUUUGUUGUGCAUUUAAUGCAAAUGGAACUGUUUUUGUUACUGGUAGCUCUGAUACUUAUGCCCGGGUGUGGAAUGCUUUCAAGUCCAACUCGGAAGACUCAGAACAACCAAUACAUGAGAUGGAUGUAUUAGCGGGCCAUGAGAAUGAUGUUAAUUAUGUGCAGUUUAGUGGUUGCUCUGUGCCUUCAAAAUUUUUGACAGCUGACCCUUGGAGAGAAGAAAAUAACUUGAAGCUCAGAAAUUACUGGUAUUGUCAUGAUAACAUAGUUACCUGCUCUCGUGAUGGAAGUGCCAUUAUAUGGGUUCCUAGAUCUCGUAGAUCUCAUGGAAAGGUUGGUCGCUGGGUUCGUGCAUAUCAUCUGAAAGUGCCACCACCACCUUUGCCUCCUCAACCUCCACGAGGGGGUCCUAGACAGAGACCCCUUCCUACUCCCCGUGGUGUCAACAUGAUUGUGUGGAGCCUGGACAAUCGCUUUGUACUGGCCGCUAUCAUGGAUUGCAGGAUAUGUGUUUGGAAUGCAGUUGAUGGCAGCUUAGUGCAAUGCUUAGUUUUCAAUGGUUUGCAGUCUUACGUUUUGGAUGUUCAUCCUUUCAACCCGCGGAUAGCUAUGAGUGCUGGGUAUGAUGGUCGAACUAUUGUGUGGGAUAUAUGGGAGGGUGUACCUGUUCAAACAUAUGAACUUGGACGUUUUAAGUUGGUUGAUGGGAAGUUUUCUCCGGAUGGAACGUCUAUUGUGCUUUCAGAUGAUGUUGGUCAAAUAUAUUUUGUGAAUACAGGUCAAGGGGAGUCUCAGAAGGAUGCCAAAUAUGAUCAGUUCUUUCUUGGUGAUUAUCGUCCCCUUAUUCAGGAUACUCAGGGAAAUGUUCUUGAUCAGGAGACCCAACUACCUCCACACCGAAGAAACAUUCAGGAACCCCUAUGUGAUUCAAGUAUGUUGCCAUAUCCAGAGCCCUAUCAGACUCAAUUUCAGCAGCGUCGACACAGUGCUCUUGGCAUUGAGUGGCGUCCUUCAUUGAUAAAAUAUGCUGUUGGUCCUGAUUUUAGUGUUGGUCAGGACUACCAGGUAUUACCUUUGCCAGAUUUGGAAGGAAUGGUUGAGCCACAAGCAGAAUUCAUUGAUGCUGUGUUCUGGGAACCAGAAUACGAGAUUGUAAGUGAUGAUAAUGACUCUGAGUACAAUGUAAAUGAGGAUCAUAUCAGUGCUGCUGAACGAGGGAGCAUUAGUGCCAUCUCUUCUAGUGAUCUAGAAAGCAGUGAAGACUCUGGAAACAGGGAUAGCCUUCGUAGAUCAAGAAGGAAAAAGCAUAAUGUUGAUGUUGAAGCAAUGACUUCUUCUGGAAGGCGUGUCCGGAAAAGGAAUUUGAAUGAGUGUGUUGGAAAUCCUUCUGGAAGUAGCAGAAAUAAGAAAUCCAAAGGCAGCUUGAAAUCAUCAAAACGGAAAUCUUCCAAAGCUAAGGCAUUGAGACCCCAGAGAACUGCUGCACGGAAUGCUCGGAAUAUGUUCUCCCAAAUUGGUGAAACAUCUACAGAUGGAGAUGAUGAUGAUCAUGAAGAUGAAUCAUCAGACAGUUUACAGGAUUCCGACAUUAGUGAACCUGAGAGGAAAAUGCAUGGUAAACAUGAUGAACUUAAAAGACCAGCUUUGGAAGAGUUUGCCAAUGUAGUUAAGUCACCUGUAUAUUCUGAGCCUCCAGUAAAUGUCGAAAAUAGACGGCGACUGGUUCUUAAGUUUUCACUUUCAAAGAAGACCGUGCCUUUAGAGGACACAACCCCAUCAUGUGAGACUCAUUCCAAUAUGCUAUGUGAUUCAGAGUAUUCUAGACACCAAGAAAGCACUCAAAAUACUCUACCAGAAAGUUCUAUAGACCCAGCAUUAUCUUAUAUGGAUGUAAAUAAUGCUCAACAUCCUGAAAGCCAUAACAGAAAUGAAUGUAGUGAUAGAACACAAGCUGAAUCCUCUAUAAAUCACACGGAGACAAGGAGACAGAAACAUGCACUUCCAAGAUUAGAGGAUGCAUUGCAGACUGAUACUGAAUUUGAUGGCCAUCUUGAGCACGAUGCCAAUGGAUCAGAGCAUAUGGUUAACAAAUUAGAAGCUGCUGGUUCCAUGAUUAAUCAAGAGUCAGCUGAUCAUUAUAAUGUUGAUGGCUUGUCAUGUGGUUACAAUAAGUUGAAUGACGGAGAUAAAGGCCAGUCUGGAUUUGAGAAACAAAAGGAAGGCUCACAGAAAACAAUUAAUAUUUCCUCAAGUCACUCUUUGGAUCACAAAAUGAAAGCUCCUAUGAAAUCAACGAAGAUAGUUAUUAAGAAAAAGCAGAUUUCAGCUGACAAUGUAGGUCCCUGCAGACUGAAAAUUGUUAGUUCUAAUGGAGCUUCAAUAGGUGCUAGAGGUGAUGUAGUUUCUAGAAGUUCCUCUGUUAUGGACCCUAAUCUAGUUAUCAAUGGGCCAGAAGGUGAAGAUGACAUAAAAUUAAGUUCACCACAAUUACGGCAUUCAUAUUCAGACAGAAGAAGUUAUGAUCAUGCCCAUGAAAGGAGAAUGUCAUAUAAAGGUGAAGCCAAUCCAGAUGGCCUUGCUUGUAAUUGGGAAGAACAUACUUCUACUUUCAGCAACCAAUCUGAUUCAGAAAAUGGUGAAUCAGAUGUUGUAAGUGAUACAAUACGUCGGACACGGUCUACCAGGAUGAAGACAAAUUCUGAUGAGCCAAGUUCUUUGAACAUAAGGAUUAAGACUCGCGGGAGCCAAAAUUCCAGGGCCUUAUCCGGUUUGGAAGGCUCUUCCAUUAGAGGUUCGGAUCAACUUCAUCGAGGAACAAGGUCUAGCAGAAACAGACGUGAAUAUGUUUCCAUUGACCCUGGUAUUUUAACCCGAAAGAUGUCAAAUCGCCGUUUCAAAAAAUUGCCAUGGCUGAUGCUUUCAGAGCAUGAGGAGGGUUACAGAUAUAUACCUCAACUUGGCGAUGAAGUUGUAUACUUGAGACAGGGACAUCAAGAGUACAUCGAGUUAAUGGGGCUGAGCAUAACAGGUCCAUGGAGAUCAUUUUCAGGGCUACGUACUUCUGAGAUUUGCAAGGUUGACAAGCUUGAAUAUGCGGCUCAGCCGGGUUCUGGGGAUAGCUGUUGUAAACUCACACUUCGAUUUAUCGAUCCUUCUUCGCCAGCAGAAGGGAAAUCAUUUCAAUUAACUCUACCUGAACUGAUUAACUUCUCUGAUUUUGUUAUUGAAAGAACAUGGUAUGAAGCUUCAAUGAAUCAAGGUUGGUCUUCGAGAGAUAAAUGCAUGGUCUGGUGGAAGGAUUCUGAUUCAGAUGGUGGUGGAAAUUGGUGGGAGGGUAGAAUUAUGGCACUACAAGACAAAUCUCCUGAGUUUCCUGACAGUCCUUGGUUAAGGUGUCAGGUCCAGUACAAGACUGAACCAGGAGCAAACUAUCAGCACAGCCCGUGGGAACUUUAUGAUCCUGAUACUCGAUGGGUGCAUCCCCACAUUGACAAAGAUACUAGAGAUAAGCUGCUGUCUCUUUUUGCUAAAUUAGACCACAGGGUGAGUAGAAAUGAAGNCAUUGGAGGAAAUAACUGACAAGACGGAUUUUUCAAGCAGGUAUACCGUUCAAUUUCAUCCCGAACUGAUUCAAGCAAGGUUAAAGAAUGAUUAUUAUAGGAGUGUGGAU